AUGGCCAUCACUAUCAGUCCCGCUACAACGGACCAGAUCCCGGCCAUUGUCAGUUUUGUCAUGGCGGGACGGACCAAGAUGUUCCCCAUGCUUGAUCCGCGAAUCCCGCUCCCUGAUCUCGUCAACUUCCAGCAAACCUAUCUAGACCACCCGGAUGGUUUCUUUUUGACUGCGCAUGCAGACGGUCAGCUGGUUGCUACCAUUGCUUAUCUGCCAUACAAUCAUCGGUUCGCGCACCUCAAUCUCGGCCAGGAGCGCAUCGUCGAGGUUGUUCGCUUAUAUGUGAGCCCCUUCUGGCGCCGAGGGGGUCUCGCGUCCAUGCUAUUCAGCCAGUUGGCACAUCAGGCUCGGAAAGCAGGCAUUGAACGAUUUUACCUGCAUACACACCCUUUUCUAGCCGGGGCCGUUCAGUUCUGGGAAAGGCAGGGGUUCACAUUACUUGAUGUUGAGAAUGAUCCGGUUUGGCGGACAACUCACAUGACAAGAUUGUGCAAAGGUCUUUCUACACGGGAAGAAAAUAGGAUUGACUCGUCUAUUCCCGGUCAGCCUUGGGACAAGAUCAAAAAUGGGUGGAGUAGCAGAGGCUUCAGAGAUGUCGACGAUACAAAUGGCCGGGCGUGUCUCAACGGGAAUAGAGGAAAUCAGAUAUUAUAA